UCAGUGUAUGCAUCCCUACAUCGGAAAUUUGCUUAAAUUAGAAAAUAAUAGUUGAAAUAUAAAGUUCUGAACUUGUAAUAAGUGCUCGGACUGCAGUAGAGCUGCAAUAGAACAUUCUGUGCUGAAAAGCUUGUAGACUGUCCGCGCAGUUAUCGAAACCUGUGGAGGAAACGGCCGUCGGAGUUUUCCUGCCUGCACUCGAUCCUGUUCAGCAAGUUCCAAAAAUUUAAAUAAUCAAAUUCACUGAUAAUCUCGGACAACAGGAAACAUGAUGGAAACAGAUUCUUUUCAAGUUGAUGAAAUUGGCGUUUCUACCAGAGAAAAUAAAAGUAAAACUCCGAAAGAGAACAAUGAUGUCAGAAAAAUUUUCGUCCCUCGUAGCAGAAAAUCGGCGCUGAAAACUCAAUGGUUGAAUAUAUUUACACCAAUUGUCGAACAACUUUUGCUCCAAAUCAGAUACAAUGUUAAAAGCAAUCAGGUUGAGAUUCGAGCCGGCCCUGAAACAAAGGACCGGGCAAAUCUUCAAAAGGGAGCCGACUUCGUACGAGCGUUUAUUCUUGGUUUUGAAGUUGAUGAUGCACUGGCUCUGCUGCGGCUGGACGACCUUUUCAUUGAAUCGUUUGAAGUCAAUGAUGUAAAAUCCCUGAAAGGUGACCACCUCAGUCGCGCAAUAGGGCGAUUGGCCGGCAAAGGAGGAAGAACAAAGUUUACGCUGGAAAAUUCUACGAAAACGCGCAUAGUUCUGCAGGACUCGAAAAUUCACAUUCUUGGAAACUACAAGAAUAUUCAGUUUGCCAAACGUGCGAUUAGUCAUCUGAUACUCGGUUCCCCGGCAAACAAAGUUUAUGGAAGCCUGCGAAAUGCUCACUCAAAAUCGUGAAUUCAAGGUACAGUUUGCCCUCGUCUACGAGUGUAAAAUAAAUUACAGCUUUGUAUAGUGUAAGGAAGUGAGCUAUCUAAAAUAAAUAAUA